AUGGAAAAGGGAGAAAACACUGAGCUUCUGGAUUUGAAGAUGAAGACCAGUGAAACUUCGUACCCUAAUAAAAGGACCAUGUUCAUGGCGCCUUCUUCUCAUCCCUACUUUUUGAAAGAGACUGCUGAUGAUGGAGGAAGCGGCGGUAGUGGGCCCGAAAAUUAUGUGAGCUCAGGGGCGUCAAUCACUUGUGCUAGAAAAAUUCCUUUUACAGCCUCCCAGUUGCAGGAGUUUCAAAGACAGUUCAUAAUAUGCAAGUACAUAAUGGCAUCUAUGCCUGUUCCUCCCCACCUACUCCUUCCUUUGCCAUCUCCACCUCAAUCUAACAUGGAUUUGAAGUUCUCAAGUGGGUCGGAUCCAGAACCAUGGAGGUGUAAGAGAACAGAUGGGAAGAAAUGGAGAUGCUCAAGAGAUGUAGCUCCGGAUCAGAAAUAUUGUGAGCGACAUGCCCACAAAAGCAAACCCCGUUCAAGAAAGCCUGUGGAAAUUCACACAAAUCCUACUCCCAAAUCUAACAACAGACACUCUUUUCAGUUUCCGACUGUGCAGCCUUCCAAUGACCAAACCAGGUGUAUUGAGUGGUUAGGGAGAGGAGACACAAUUGGAACCAUCCCUGUCGAUGAUAAUUGUAACAGGCAACUCAUGCAGUCAAUAGGAUUCAACACAAGAAAUUCACCUGCAUUUCAAGUGCAACAUGAACCCAAAUUAUAUCCAAUGAACUUUGAUCAGUACAUGUGUAAUAGCAGCAGUGACCAGGCAUUGGCAAGUCAGUUAAAGAAUGAACACUGUAACAACUCGAUAAUUGCCUCGUUACAGGGCAGGGGAACAACUAGCAAUGCUUGGCCAAAAGACGGUAUUAGCAACAAUGGCUCUUCUACUUCGCUAACACUUUCCAUGUCUGGUUGGAAUCGGGGAAUGGAUGAUGAUAACAAACAUGCACAAGCGGGCAUUCGGAUGUUGGAUUCUGAGAGAAGUGGCAUUGAGGUUUUGAGGUCCCAGUGGCUUAACCCUGUUUCUUGGAUGAGUUCAACAGCACCUGGAGGGCCAUUGGGUGAAGCGUUGUGUCUUGGAAAUGCCUCUAGUUUACGUUCACCUCAUGGCUAUAGCAAUAGCUCUGCAACCAGCAGCUGCAGCUUUGAUUCCCUGCGAGAACGGUAGUCACGGACUCGACUUCAUCGGGUGAUCAUGCAGUCUUGGCAGCUUGUAAAAUGGUGAAGUCCAUCUUAGUUUUAUGCUUUUUUUCACUUGGUUGCUGUUCGUUAGCUACUAUAUUAUAUCUAUAUAUACACGCACAAUGUCAGUGAUUAUCGGAGCGGUUUUGUCCAAUAUUCUUGAAACCAAUCUACGCUAUAUGACUACGUAUCUGUUGAUCAUGCGUUAUUGUUAUUGUAAUUGUACAUUCUUAAACUUGGCUUUUAUUUUUUGACCGACUAUUCCUGUUUUUUCAUGAAAA